ACCAGCAACAAAAAAGGUCCAUAAUACCUUGAGCUCUAAGCCGACAACUGGUUUGAAUUUUAGAAGUUUACUGGCUCGACCGUGGGAGAGUUCCUUGAGCCACACCGGUGACCCCCUUCUUCUGAACUAGGGAAGUUUGCUCAUAAAUUUCGUCAUACGUUAGAGGAGUGGAAUAAUAUUUCAAGAAGCAAACUCAGACAUGGGUGAAAAUUCAGGUAAAGAAACCCUUGCCUCGAGUACAAAGAAGGGUUUUUUGAAGAAGAAGAAAUUUCAUAUCCGACGGAAGAAACUGAAUGCAUAUGAUAUCUCUUCCCUCUCAGAGUUUCUGCCUGAGUUGAAGGAUUCACUAGAACUAACUCCUGCUGCAAAGUUCAAGCUAAUAUUGAAGGAAGGAAAGCGUCUGAGUGCACUUGUUAAUCAUCCUGCUUUCCAGAUGGAUCCGCUAGGUGCAAUUUAUCAAGACAUAAUAAGCACACUGCCUGUGGUCGAUGAGAAACCGAAUGAAAGGAACAAAUUUGGAAGCAAGAAGAGGAAUCAGAAGAAAUCUGAGGCUCCAGCCGGGCUCCAAUCUAUGGAUUUUCAUCUAUCGACCUUGAACUGUGGAAUUUCAUCCAUCCACCUUUCAUGACUCUGUUGAUUAUAUAGGUGCAACCAGGAAGCGAAAUUUGAGCAUAAAAUCUUUUGUCAUUCUGGAUU